GUCAUUUCUCCUAUUGCCAAGGUCCUCCCACGGCGCUGCUGAGCGGCUGGAGUUAGUCCGCCACAGGAGACAGUCACUCUAGCCGGUGACUUGGUGGCGGGCAGAGGCUACCUGCCUUCCUGCCUUCCUGGCGCCGCCAUGUUGGAAGUGCAGGGUUCUAACCAUGGCUGCGAGCGCCAGGCUCGGACGAACAGCCCCGCCAGCUCCGCAGGGCACGCUGUGGAAGUGCGACCCGGGCUGUAUCUGGGUGGGGCAGCGGCGGUGGCGGAAUCGAACCACCUGCGGGAGGUGGGCAUCAGCGCCGUGCUGACGGUGGACUCGGAACCGACUUUCCCGGCUGGGGCUGGGUUCGAAGGUCUCCGGAGCCUCUUCGUGCCCGCGCUGGACAAACCCGAGACGGACCUGCUCAGCCACCUGGAUCGGUGCGUGGCCUUCAUCGGCCAAGCUCGCUCCGAAGGCCGUGGGGUGUUGGUGCAUUGGUCUCUUUUUCAGUCACGCAGGAGUCAGUCGCAGUGUUGCUGUGGUGACGGCUUUUAUAAUGAAGACCGAGCAGCUCACCUUUGAAAAGGCCUAUGAAAACCUGCAGACGGUCAGGCCAGAGGCUAAGAUGAAUGAGGGGUUUGAGUGGCAGCUGAAACUGUAUGAGGCCAUGGGAUACGAAGUCGAUACCUCCAGUGCCAUUUACAAGCAGUACCGUUUACAAAAGGUGACAGAGAAGUAUCCAGAACUUCGGAAUUUACCUCAAGAACUCUUUGCUGUUGACCCAACUACCAUUUCACAAGGAUUGCAAGAUGACAUUCUCUACAAAUGUAGAAAGUGCAGGCGAUCUUUAUUUAGAUGUUCUAGUAUUUUGGGUCAUAGCGAAGGAAGUGGGCCAAUGGCCUUUGCUCACAAGAGAACAGCACCCUCUUCAGCACUUACCACAGGGAGUCAGGCUCAGUGUACGUCUUACUUCAUUGAACCUGUGCAGUGGAUGGAAUCUACUUUGCUGGGAGUUAUGGACGGACAGCUUCUUUGCCCAAAAUGCAGUGCCAAGUUGGGUUCCUUUAACUGGUAUGGUGAACAGUGCUCGUGUGGUCGAUGGAUAACGCCUGCUUUUCAGAUACACAAGAACAGAGUGGAUGAAAUGAAAACAUUGCCGGCGCUGGGAUCACAAACAAAGAAACUGUGAACUUAGGGCCCAGCUUGGGAGAGAUCCUGUGAAAGGCACUUCUCCAUUGUUAAUCUUUCAUGGUUAGAUGUCAAAUUUCAUUUGGAAUGUCCGAAGAUAAUUACCGACUGUAACAGCUGUGGUUGGUAGCUUAUUAUGUGAUAUAAUAAGUUACAAGUUUUAAAGCUUCUAUGCCGUUUGAUCUAGCCCAUGCUUUAAGCAUGCUAGGCAAGCAUUCUACCUCUGAGCUAUAUCCGCAGAUUCUUAUGUUUUUAAAAGUUAUGCUUUGUUGUAUGUAGGUUAGGUGAUACUAAAGCCUACAAGGUUAAAAUUGUAUGUAAAACUUGAAACUGUCAGUAUCCAGGAUAGUUUUUGGUUUUCAGAAAUAUAAAGCAAAAUUGGUUAUAUUUUGAAAAGUUAUUUCUGUGUUUCAUUUAAGAGACAUUAGUAAACCUACAUAUGCUGUUUGGUGACUCCUAGGGAGAUGUGAAUAAAUCUAUUCAUCCUGCA